UGUUUAAAGCUUUAUUAGCUGAUCGCAUUGUCACUAGGUUCCAGCUUUAUUAGUGCUUUUAUGUGCUCAGAGCAAAUUUAAGAACAGGGAGGGCGGUCGAGAACUAGGCAGCCAGAAAAACGAACGACCCCUCAGAAAGAUAGAAGAUGUUGCCGCUCUGGUACCUAUACUUCGGCUAUAAAGAAUAUUUGAAGCCGUUAAUCCUAAAGCUGUUCAAGAGGAGCGAUGCUGCUGACGCUCCAGGUGGUAGCAUCGAACCAGCCAAGCCGGAACCUCCGAAACCCGAGCCCUCCUCACAGAAGACAGAGCCCCCCAAACCUGUCGAACCCCCUAAACCUGUGCAAACCCCAAAACCCACGGAACCCCCAAAACCAGUCGAACCUCCAAAGCCAGUAACUCCGACACGACCAGAGCCACUGAGGCCGGAAUCUCCUAAACCAGCGACGAGGCCAAUAUCCCCCAAACCGUCGACUCCGACCAAACCCGAACCCCCAAAGCAGCCCGUGCUUCCUUCCAGGCCAUCCGAUUUCCCAGGACAGUCUCCCAAACCUGCAGAACCUUUCCUGAGGCCGGAACAGCCCAAGCCGGAGCCUUCCAAACCGACCACCCCUCAGACACCCGAAUCCCCCUCGUCGGCUCCUUGGAGAAAGCCGAGGUCUCCCCAGUUCGAACCGAACGUCAUCGAAGGACCUGAAAUACCCGCCUGGCGGGCGGGCGUCGAACCUCCCAGGAAGCCCGUCAUUCCUACCCCGGUCCAGAUGAACAGGUCGCCGUCCCCCUACACCGAGGAGGACAUCAUAUCCGGAAUCGAAGAAGACGAUGAUGCGAUCGAAGAAGAAGAGGAUGAGGAGGAGGAAGAGGAAGAAGAGUAAUUCUGUGAUGAUUGCCGAACGUUAGGAGUCGGUGAUAUUUCAAUAUAGUCUUAUCUCAAUGCAAUUUGUAUAAAAUGUACUUAUCUCAAAUGUUAUUAAUAAAUGACAAGUCUACCAUUCUGUUA